AUGGGCGCCACCUGGCACCACGGUCACCAUAGAUUCCGUCGAAGCCUCAUUAAAAACCACUUUUCUCGCCAGUCGAUUGAGAAGAUUACCACCACGAUCCGGAAGAAAGCAGAGAUUCUGUGUGGCCGUCUGGAGGAAGCUUCGGCGAUUGCUCGCCCUCUCAAUGUUAGCGAUGCCUUUGCUGCCUUGACCUCUGAUAUCAUUGCCGGCUACGCGUUCGACAUUGACCUCGGCUUCCUCGAGGACCCUCUGUUCAGGAACGAUGUGUAUCGGAGUGCACUGGAGCUGGACAUGCUCUGUCACGUCCUCAAAUUUUUCCCUUUCCUCCUGAAACCCGUGCGAUGGCUUCCCUCGUCUGUGACCGAGGUUCUGGGCCUGCAGAACAAGUCCUUAGGUUCUCUCCAGGAGGUCAUUGACCAACGGAUCAUCUCAUCCUUGCGCACAACGGGCCAGAGCGGGCACGCGCAGGAAAAAGAACGAGACAGCAUCUUUACUUCUCUCUGCCAUCAAGAAGUGCCACCAGAGGAGCGUACGCUUGAGAGGUUGCGAGACGAGAGCUUGGUUCUCUUGAUCGCUGGAGCCGAGGCCACUGCGCGUGCUCUAGCUGUUUUUGUCUACUAUAUGGCUACCGGCUCGAUAAACGUGCAGAAACUUCGCCAGGAGCUUCGACAAGUUAUGCCAACUUGCACAUCGCAGGCGUCUUGGGCCGAGCUUGAGCAUCUCCCGUACCUGGUAGGCCUAUUUCCUCUUCCCUUCCCGCGAUACGGUAACCUAAUCGGCCUCAAAUCACAGAGUGGCGUCGUAAACGAGUCUCUGCGGCUUUCGUUCGGAGCCAUCGGCAGACUAUCUCGGAUUGCUCCGACAGAAGACUUGAGAUAUAAAGCUCAUCCCAUUCCCAGGAUGACUCCGAUGAGUUCAUCUGCAUACCUUAUCCAUAGAAACGCUGAUGUAUUUCCCGAGCCGGAUUGCUUUCGCCCCGAGCGAUGGAUCGGAGCCGCGGCCAGUGGGGUGAACUUGCACCGAUACCUAGUAGCGUUCUCCAGGGGAACCAGGCAGUGUAUUGGGAUCAACCUAGCUCAGUGUCAACUCUAUUUCACCAUCGCGGCUGUCGCACGCCGCUUUGAUUUCGAGCUCUUUGAGACUACAGAGGAGGAUAUCCGCGUGGCUCGGGAUUACAUUACUGCAUUUCCCAAGGACGGACUCUUUGAUGUGAAAGUCACUGUCCGAAGCAGACUUGGUGACUAA